GAGAAAGAGAGAGAAAGGAGAAGGAGGAGGAUCUUUAUAGAAAAGCGCGCGCGAUAUAUAACACAUUGAUUUGCGCUUGCGUAUGCGCAUUAAAGUGUACCUCGCGGUUCUUCUCUCUCUCUCUCUCUCUCUCUCUCUCUCUCUCUCUCUCUCUCGAUGGUCCAGGCCCGUGGCCGUGUCUCUCGACCCGUAUACGAACGAGUCACGACCGGGAUACGAACCAACAGGUGAUGCUGGGAGAGACACUCCCUCGGAUACGUUUAUCCCACUCUCACCUUUUUAGCCUUCCUUCUGAUCCUUUCUUCCUCCUUCGACAGUGAUUUAGUCUGCCGACGCGCCUUUUCGAAGUCUCUUUCACCCUUUUUCUUGCGCGCGUUAUCACGCGGAUAUCACUCGAAGAAGAGCAUGCUUAUCGCGAUAAUAUCCUAGCAUUUCUUGUUGAGAAAUAGAAAUAGAGAAAGAGGGGAGAGGGAGGGAGGUAGAGAAAGAGAGAGGAAGAGAGAGAGAGAGAGAGAGAGAGAGAGAAAGAGAAAGAGAGAUGGAAACACGCGCGAAACACCCGGGAACGUGAAAAAUCAAGUUGAUUCGUGGUUUUACACACUCCUGCAACUCGCCAGCCGAUCUACAGGAUAUGCAUCUUUAUUGUUCAUCAAUUUCUUCAACUUUUUUUAUCCGACGAAUGGGUGGUGAUGGAGGAGGAAAGAAACUCGAGAGUACGCGAGACUGACUCCGUUGUUACGAUGAACAACCUCGUUUUUCCUCGAUAAGGUCUUCGCUUUUUAAGUGUGUGCAUUACAACUAUUCUUCAGGGAUAUAUUCGAUGACAAGAAAAUGCCAUGACGAAGUGAAGAAUCGACGACACAGAAAGUAGGAAUAGCAGAAUGCCUCAAGAAAGCAUUCGUUGGCAAGGGACCCAGAGGAGAGCCUGUGGCCCAGGGGCACACUGGAACGUUCAGGUGGUCAGAGGAAAGGUGACAACGCGAUGCUUGUGGCAUGCCUGCAAAGCUCUUGGCAUUGGGCUGCUGUUGAUGCUUCUGGGUGCUUGCAUGGCGACUAUAGGUUAUUACGCGGAUCAAUUAUCGGUGGCGCAAGAGGUCAGAGGUAAUUUGACGGUAAAAGUGAAAAACGAGUCACGAGAGUUUCACUUGAACAACCUCAGUUACGCCGGACCGAUAGUCAUGGGUGUAGGAGGAUUUAUCGUGGUGGCCGUGUGCGUGAUGACCUUCGAGGCGCGCGACAGCGCGGCAAAAGUAGUACCGGCACGUUUUCGAUUCAAUCAGAGUACGUUAAAAGGUGCGAGGACUCAACGAAAUCGUAGAUCCACGUCAUGUCAAACGACUAAUAAUAAGUGGGAUCAUCAAUAUGGUCUCUUUAGGAUCAAUCGGAGCUUGAGUCCAAGCGCUCAUGAAAUCUCCCGAAGACAGUUGAAGGCUGAACUAGUGCGAUUUUCACGAGAUUUACACGAGAAAAGUGUAUCGCAUACGAUAAAAAAAAGUCCCAGUGCUCCGAUUUUGAUCGAUAAGAAAUCACCUCGCAGAGAGACUCCUCAGUAUGCUGGCUGUGCAUUCCUCAACCCACAAUUAUUGCAGAGACAUGCUCUAUCCGUUGAUAAUCCCGCUUACAGUCCUCCUCAAGUUAGUCGGGAGAGUUUGGAAUAUCCAAAGUUAACUGGCAGUCAGGCUUCCAUGGCGAUGGAUCUUCAUAUCCCUAAUAAAGGACCGGUUACAUUAAGAGUAAAAGAUCGAUCGGAUACGGCGAGACGUCAUCAGUUGCUUCGACAAACGAAAAUCGAAGAUGUCGAGGAGAUCGUGGAAACGAAAAGGCCAACAUCUGGAUAUAUAUAUUCACCUAGAUUAUCAGGUCUAUAUAGCAAGUAUCCUGGGGAGUACGUAAUCAGCAAAAGGAAUUCCGUGGACGUUCGAUAUCUGGAAGAUCUUGGACCCAUUUUAAAAGAUUCGACGAAAGUUUCGCCACGAGAUUUUCGAAAACUUUCAUCUCCGAAUUUUCGUAAAAUGUCUUUCGAUAGAAUCGGUGGUGAGCAUAGAUUGGAUAAGUCGAUGGGUCAUCGAAAGGCUAGUUUGGAGUUUAGAAGGAGUCCGGAUUUUCGUCGAGGUGAUUACAGAAAGCUAUCGGUGGACAGAUUCAGCGUGGAUUACACCAGAUGCGUAAUGGACGAGCUCGAGAUUAAAUCCAAGGCAAGUAGUGGCGAGAGCCUAAAGAGACAACGUUAUCCGAAGCUUCAUCAUUCUCGAUCGGACGACAACAGAAGACGUUCCUUCGAUAAAGGUCAAAGGGAGUCACAAUCCAGCAGAUAUUCGUUGAACACGCAAGGUGCUACGGACAGUGCCGAUUACGAUCUAAGAUAUUUUAUAUCGACUUCCUUGAGUACUGAGGAAAGUCGUACGGAAAAUCCGGAAGAUAGUCAUGGUUUUGACAUCGACGAAUCCUUGACUAAUCCUUCGCCGUUAGAGGGUCAAGCGGAAACGGAUACGCUCUUGGAAGAACCCGAAUUAGAGAAUCUCACGGAGAACGACACCGAGAGUUCGGCUGAUCGUUUGAAUUGCGAAGAUACGAAGAAGGUACAGGAUUAUUCGAUAAAGGGUGAAGAUAUGAUGCUGCAGGAUUGGAAGAACGUUUUGAAGGAAUCUGAGAUGAAGAGGGAAACGAUGUUAUGCAUAGAAGACGACGAAGUUUGAAAUUAUUUCGUUUAUUACUUUUUCGAACGUUUUCCUGAAGAAGAAAGUAGGUUCGUGGUUUCAUUCUGGAUCGACGUGCCUAAUCGAGUUUACUAAUGGCGUUGCACUAAUAUAACAUGGUACAAACGAUCAAUAUAUUUUAAGCGAUUUGUUGUACAUAUCUGUGUAAUUUGAAAAAGUGCGCUCUAAAGAAGCAAUUAUAUCGUCGAAUACGAAUAAAGAGAGCGAGAGAGAGAGAGAGAGAGAGAGAGAGAGAGAGAGAGAGAGAGAGAGAGAGAGAGAGAGAGAGAGACGUUCAAAGGACUUAAACGGUCGAUUUGUGAAGCGAGCCCAAAAAAGAUUAGAUUUCGAGGACCAUUGAUUUAGAUAGAGGAUACAACUCUGUGAUUUGUAACGUGUAGCAAUGCUGUAAGAUGACGAAAGGCAAUCAUGAAAAAAGAACGAGCUUUUUAAAUUACAGGAGAUUUUACAAGAUUUUAAUACGACACUCGUUAGUACGGCCUUUGAAUUGUUAUUAUAUUAUCAAUGUUCUGAAAUAUAAAAUAUUUAUUGUAGAUGCAUUGUGUAUAAGAAACAGGAAGGAAAAGAUGUAGUUUUAGAUUUUCUUUAAAUCGCUCGAUCGUCGAUCCUUUACUUCGUUUUAAUUAGAUCGAAGAAUUAUUUAUCAAUCGAUGUUUCUGAUGUCACAGAGAGCGAAUUAAAGCGAGAAAAGGACAAUAAAAUUCGCACGAGUUUUGUCACGCAACACUCUAAAGCCUUUAGAAUCUAAUGAGGUGGAUCAUUUUUCUCUUAUACCACUUGUUUAUCUUAACCUCAAU